AUGGUCUUCCCUGGAAGGCUUAGCACCGGGUGCUACGUAUGCCGUAGGCGUAAAGUCAAGUGUGACGGGGCUCGCCCAGCAUGUCGUCGCUGCAUCACCCAACACAGAGAAUGCACGGGGUAUCCAGAUGCAUUUGCCUUCCGUGCAUACAAAUUGCAACCACAGGCGGGGAAGAUCACAACUCGGAAACGAGGGAAAAAAUCAGCGGAGAAUGACCAGUCUACAAGCAGCCCGAGGAUACCAUCACAGACAGUCUUAGAACAGGAAUCGACGGACACACGUCUAGUGCUCAGGAACUCUUCACCCCCACAACCUAGUCCUCCGGCUGCCAUCACCCCAUGCCUGGAGUGGCAGUCGCUUUGCUACUUCUUUCACCAGCAUGUCAUGCCUACCCAAAGGUCUCCCUGUGAAGGACAUUUGGAGUUCCUUCCCGAGCUGUACCAAGAGAAAGGCAGCGAUCCUUGCUUAAGAAAUGCUAUUCUCAGCGUGUCCUACCUUUCGCUGUUCAAUACCGCCCGAGUCAAUGAGCUUUAUGUCAACGCUAGAAAACACUAUGGCAUGGCCUUGAAGUCGUUGACAGCAGCGCUCAGCAACAAGGAGACAUCGGGUCAAGAUGAGACUUUUGCGGCCGCGCUGUUCUUGAGCAUGUUCAUGGACCUGAGUGGUGAGAGACAGGGUGAGGUUAAUCCUCACGUUCCUGGAAUCUGCUCUCUCAUGCAUCUUCGGGGCCGGCCAGAGCGCAGUAGCAAGUAUGCUCGCAAAUUAUUUGGUUGGGCAUUCACGCAAAUCCAAAUACAAGCGAUCGCCAGCAAUCAAUUUUCAUAUGCGUGCCUGCCAGCGUCCAUUAACAUGGUAUACAAUCCUGAUUACGUGCUACGCUCAGGUAUCAUCACCAGUAUGAUAUCCGAGUUUUGUCAGUCGGCUAGCGAGUUCCGAAGAACCGAACAGUACGAAACACUCGGGACCAGUGCCAGGAGGCUUCAUUCCCUGCUAGGGAGGGCGUAUUUCAUCAUGGAGCAGAUCAGCAUUUGGGACGAAGCAGUCCCUAAACAUUGGAAGCACCAGCUCUCUGUUCCGACCGUGGACGGUAUGAACCAGGCGGAGCAAGCCGCCUCGCGAGACCCAUGGACGCCUUGCUUUUUGGCCGUCGUCCAGGCCGCCCAGAUAUUCUUUUUCCUGCACGUCCUAGAGUGUUCUGACAAGUUCGCCUCCGUGAUGUUUGCGAUCGAUGAUGACCAUCUUGAGAAUCUCCCUGCAGAAACCUUCAGUGGCUUAGGCAAUCGGAUCAAAAGCUUGAUCGAAGUGAUUUGCAGCACUGUAUCUUACACCCUCGGACAUGUCACCCCGACAAAUGAGUUCAAGUUGCAUCCCAACAGCAAGUUGGCGAAUGGGUACACGCUCCUUUGGCCGAUGUGGGUGGUGGUCAACUGCCGGCUUGCGACCGCGGAACAACUGACUCUUUGCCGGCGAGCUCUGGAGUGUGUUGGUUCGACCAUGGGCUACCGGCUGGCUUCCGUCUUGUGCAUGGACAGCCCGGAUGUGUCCAGUACCGACAUACUUGACACAGCACCGAUGACUGGACAUCUUGCUGCUGUGCGAUGA